AUUUUAGUGAUCUACACAUAUUUUAACUGGUACACUAUAUCCAUGAACGGUUGGAGGAGGCACAAGUCAUCGUAAUACAUGGUAAUAAGCUGAAAUUCAGCAGGGAAAAACGUUUUUAUGCCAAUCUUGCCUGACAAAAUGGCGCCCGUGGUGAAAAAUUCAACAAAUGUGAAAACAAAUACAGCCUCAAAGUCAACAAAGAAGGACAAAACUGUAACUAAAAUCAAAACUGGUCAAAUAUUGAAGCACACAGUUGCUCAAUCUCCGAAGGUUUACCACGCAAUGGAAGCUGUACUCAGGGAUGCCAGUCCGUGCAGAGGGGCUCACCCUCGGCAAGGACAGGCUUCCCCGGGUACACCCAUGGCGUUGGAGGCCGAGGGUGGGUCAUGUUGUUUCAGGUCUGAUGCUACUGAUCUUGAUACGUCUGAUGUCAUCAAAGUUGUCCACGACCCAUCAGCAAGCAACAGGCAGAGCCCCCUGCCUAACCAUGAACAAUCAAUGCCAGCUUCUGAGCUUCGACAGAUGUUCACCUUUAUAAAGGACUCAAUCAGUGAUAUUCGUAAUAAUGUUGCUGACAUACGACAGGAAAUGGCUGCUCAGGAGACUCGUAUUUUACAUCAAAUGGAUGCUAAGAUAGAAAAGACACAUGUUGAUUUGAGAUCAGAACUUGUAUCUGCUACGUCCACUUUACAGACAAGAAUAUCGACAAUUGAGCAAACACUGUCAAAUAACGAUGGCAUCUGUGAUGAUCUUUGCUCAAUAAUUGUGAAAAAUCUUGUAGAGUCUGAUACAACCAGUGAUGAGGCUCAAGUAAAAGAUCUGUUCAGUAAUGGACUUGGCUUAAAGGACAUAAAUAUAAACCAUGUAUCCAGGAAAACAAAAAUGCCAGGAUCAAGAUAUCCAGGAAUUGUCACAGCUAAAGUCAAAAAAGAUGACAAACUAAAUAUUAUGAAAACAAAAAGGACCCUAAAAAAUUCUGGAAAAUAUUCCAAAGUGUAUAUCGAGGACUAUAUGUCUCCAUCUGAAAAAAAAGUAAAUGACAAUAUUCGAAAAAUACUCAAAGUUACUGGGAACGAUAAACAUUUUAGUAUGGUGAAUGGAAGGCUCUUAGAGAAACGUGCAUAG